AUGAAUAAUAAGCCUAGCCGCCGCUCACUGCGGACAAUGCCCAAACUGAAGAAAACGUUCGAGUUUAUCGGCACACACCAAGAUUCACCGUAUCCAGAAGAAGCAACGUGCGUGGGGCCUGAAAGAGAAGCACACACGGUUUACAACAAUCUUCACCUCACAUUUUCUGAAUACCAAAAGCACACUGGCCGGCAAAAACUGCCGCUGCUGCUGAGCCCCGAAGAAUCAGAAGGUUACACAACAAUCAACUUCAGGGUCACCACUGAAUAUCCACGUCUCUUGCGUCUGAAUCUUGCAAUUGCAAAACUUGGAAAGCUGUCUCCGCACAUAAAACUCCUCAUCAAUCGUGGUGACGUUACUGAUAUGGCCUUCUCAUUCUUCCCCUCCUCCAUGAACAACCAUGAAAAAAUACGUCACGUGGCAUAUAUAUCACGUGGGCGUCUUAUCGUUUGGCACGAUAAAAAGCGCGACGAGGUGAAUUUCCCAUCGUUGCGAUCCCGCAACAACUGGUAUAGCGGUUACAAAUUCGAGCAGGUGUGUGGACACAACUGGCCUUCAGACUUUAAGGAUUGGCGGGCCCUGCCGAAACUCGAAAACUCGCGUCCUGUCUGCUCAAAGAAUGCUGUGUUGAAUCUCAUUGAAUUGCCCCUAGAUGAUGACAUAAAGGCGCUUUUCCUGGCCGAAUACGACAUGGUAAGUCCAAACAAAAAUAAAACAUGGGCGAGGAAGUCGUCUCGCUACAUUGAGCUCAAAUGUUUUGGGCCACGCAGGUGUAACAAGGUCACGUGGCAGACCAUUUCUAAUAAAGAGGCCUUGGAACUGCUCAUAAACCGUUAUGUGAGCAUGAGGUUUUUCAAGACGUGCUUACAGUGCAAACUUUCUGGGUGUGAGACUGUCGUUUAUGGAAUUCGAUCCAGUGACACGUCGCUUGUGGGCGUGCGUCAGUUCCAAGUGGAUGAGCUGGAGGCCCGACUUCGCCGAGUGGAGCCGGUUAUGUACCGCCAAUACUACUUGAAAGCACUAAGCAAUGUGGCAGAGCUGGUACGCACACUUUACCAGCAGUGUCGUGAAAAUGAGUACUACUUGAUUACGAAAAAGUCUGCGUUCGAUCCAUUGGAAAUUCGCGCAGUGUCGAGGAAUCACGUGCUGUAUCCUGAGCCCACCACUACGCAACUAGAUGAAAUACUGGCGCGCAGUGAAAGCGCGCGAAGAGCAUCGCACGAGUACAAUAAUCUUAAGACAAACUUCGGGUUCACGUUUAUUCCGGGCCGGCCACCUAAACAGCUGGAACAAGAUGAUCUGGUCACUGGACAAGAUUUUGAGAGCCUGGCAGAAAAACUAGGUGUGGUGCAGAUUUAG